UUGAUGUUUUACUCAUUUGUUAUAAUUAUUUUGUUGGGAUGAAAGUGUGAUAGAAUAAUGCAGACCUAUAUGCUGGCAAACAGUUGAUAUGGUGUGGAUAUAUGUGCCGUAUAAGGCCAGAAGUCGCAAAGUCAUGGGUUUUUAAGUUGUGACAAAACAAGUGCAGACUAUUGGGAUAAUAUUCUUGAAGGUCAAACAAGAGUUGGUUGAGUGACGUCUGCUUGAAGAUAUGUUGUCUGUAUGACAAUUAUGUAAAUCUUAUUUGGGAUUAUUUGUGAAUGUUCUUCGGGGAUUUCAUGAGCAAAAUAAGCUGAUUUAUAUGUGAAUGUAAUUCCUUAUUCUGAAUGCCAUCUGCUGUGGAUAAUUAAUAUUUUUAGUUUUUCUGAAAAUUUGUAACAAAAAAAGAAAGAAAAAUGACCUGUGGUGGAACUAGUGAUAUAGUGUUGUUGAAGGCUGUAGUGUUUGAUUUCACACGGCAGCACUAUUGCUAGUGAAACUAUCCAGUCGGCGGUGGUACCAACAUCUUCUCCACGGGGGUCUCCACGAGCAGUGAUUCCUGUGCGAGCCCGGGUACGCAGUAGCUCGUCUGCAGGUGCCACCGCCCAAUCUUCUUCCCCCCGCAUAAGAAAAAUGUGCAGCGAUACAGAAUGUUGUGACACAGAUUGUAUUCGUGGGUUCAAGUUUUCUAUGCCAUCACAGGAUGUGUGUAGCGGGAGCAUCGAUGAGCGUAUGCAGUCUACGUGUAACCUGAUGGAGGAAGAGAAACCCGUUCUUCAUGGGGUCAACAUACGCGCAGCCACACCAGAUAGACUCAUACAUCUGUGUGUGGAGAGCUUUGCUGAUGAUGGGAUGAUUAUUGAAGACAGCAAAUAUCCAAAUGUCAUGUUCCUCAUGCACAAAUGGUACAUGUCGUCAUCUGAAGAGCUCGCACAGGCGUUCGUUAAUUUAUAUCAAAAUAGUGAAGAGAAAAUCAUUUGUCCCUACCCAAAGUGUUCACACCUUCCCUCACAGAAAUUAUGUCCUAUCCAGAUAUACAGAGCCAAAAUAUGCUAUGCUGUAAGGUAUUGGAUUCGGCAGUUUCCAGUUCAGUUUGACCUUGACCCCAAGCUACAGUCUGUGAUCAAAACAUUUGGGGCGCUUGUACAGCGGACAGGAAAUAGCACCUUCAAAGAACUUAUAGACCUCUCGAAAGUCCCAUCAUAUGAUUGGAUGAGAAGUAUAUCAGUUCGGAAUCCUUCAAUGCGACAUAAUCGUAAAGUUUCCCUUGUGUUCAAUCAUCUGGAACCAGAAGAGUUGGCAGAUCACCUCACCUACCUGGAGUAUAGAGCUUUCAGGCGGAUAAAUUUUACUGAUUUCAAGAACUAUGCAAUGACAGCAUCAUUGAAGGAUAACCCCAAGUUGGAACGUUCUAUCGCUUUGUUUAAUGGUCUAUCACAGUGGAUACAGUGUAUGGUUCUCAGUAAAACCACACCUCAACAGAGAGCUGAUGUCAUUGUCAAGUUCUGUAAUGUUGCCAAGAAAUUACGAGCUUUGCAAAAUUUUAAUUCUCUGAUGGCAGUGGUUGGUGGUCUUACACACAGUGCCCUGGCCAGACUGUAUAAAACUACAGCCUGUAUACCGUCAGAAACUCAAAAGAUGUUGAUGGAACAUACAGAGCUCUUGUCGUCCAACAACAACUUCAGCAACUACAGAAAAGUCUUUCAUCAAUGUACGGGAUUUAAAAUACCAAUUUUAGGUGUUCAUCUGAAGGACCUCAUUCUUCUUCACACGGCUUUGCCUGAUAGAGUGGAGGGGAACCUUGUUAACUUUCGUAAAAUGGCUCAACUUUCACUCAUUCUUCGCGAGUUAACCAAACUUCAGACUCAUGAUUCCAUUCCAGGAGUGUUCGCCAACAUGGAUCUCAUCAAUACUCUCAGGUUAUCUCUGGACAUGCAUUAUACAGAGGACGAGAUAUACGAGUUGUCUCUUGCCAGAGAACCAAGAAAUUCUCUAUCAUCACCAUCAACACCAACAAAACCGGUUGUAUUUGCUGAAUGGGUGGCAGGUAUGAGACCGCCGGACCCACAGACCAUUAAUAAACAUGUACAUGAUAUGGUGGAGGCUGUGUUCAAAAAUUACGACAAUGACCGAGAUGGUUUUAUAUCACAUGCUGAAUUUGAGGCCAUUGCCGGCAACUUUCCAUUCAUUGAUUCAUUCUGUGUUCUUGAUGCUGACCAAGAUGGUAUGAUCAGUAAAGCAGAAAUGAAGACAUAUUUUAUCCGUGCCAAUUGUCAUGCUCUUCGGAACAGUUUCAAACAUGACUUCCAUGAAAUCACCUACUUCAAACCUACAUUUUGUAUACACUGUACUGGCUUGCUUUGGGGUUUGAUAAAGCAAGGCUGGAAAUGUAAAGAUUGUGGUAUAAAUGCUCACAAACAUUGUAAAGACUUGGUUGUGAUGGAGUGUCGGAGUAAAGCCAAUGUGGCAUGUAAUCGCAGACUUGAUUCCCUCUCAUCAAAUGGGUCGGGGAGUCAAGAUUUGUCCUAUUCCACUAAACGUAAAAUGUCUCAGCGUCAGAAGCGGACUCGAGUACAUCGAGGUACGCAGACAGAAGAGUGCUAUUUUGUUGAUCCACUUCCAGAUAUAGGUGAAGAAGGAGAUUACCGAGAACUUCAUGAAAGACUUUUAAAAGCAGAAGAGGCGCGUGACCAACUUAAGAUAGAGAAUGAGAGAUUAAAACUUAUGCUGAAAUCUAAUAUGGAUCAAACAACAAUAUUGAAGUCUCAGAUGGGUUCCAUUCGCAAGAAUACAGUCACUUUUAUUCUAGAACAAAUGGAAGCAUUGCACAUACAAGGAGACUCAAAAGUCUAGACUGGUUGCUGUUGAUUCCAAGCUCAAAAUUUAUGGACUGGCUCUGUAUUUUUUUCUGCUAUAGAUUGAGAUUCUUAGGACAUGUCUAUGAACUCAUAAACUAUGAAUAGAUCAGACUGGCACCUGGUGAUUGGUUUUGAGCAAGUAGGACACUGUGGACUGGUACUUGUUCAUGUUUAAGCUCAAAGUAUCUUGACUGGUUUUGGAAAUUUUUAUUUUUGUGAGCAGACUAAAAAUGGAUUAUAAUGUUCAGUGCUGUGCUAUAUUUAACUACACAUAGGACGGAUGUCUUUUACAGCAAAUUGUUAACUGGAAUUGAACCAAAAAAAAACAUAUUACCACCAUUACCUAUAUACAUCGUAAGCACUUUUGUUUUGGAUUUUAUACGUGAACAUAAAAACCAACCCAGUCCUCAGCAACAGGAUAUCAUUUUGUUCAAACCUAACCUAGAGAUCCAAGUUGAUGACUGAGAUUUAGUCAGAUGUGUGAACAUAUGACAUCUCCACCAAUGGCUUCAUUCAUAAACAGAAAGAGGCCAAAUGUUGUAUUUGUGUUGUCUGAUUAAACUAAUGUGUGAGAUAAAGAGUAAAAAAACUCCUGCUGGUAGAAGUUUUAAGGAAUGGUUGUAAGGACAUGCUCCUUAGUUGUGUGCAUGACAAUGAUAAAGUGAUCAAAGCGAUUCAGUGAAUCGCUUUACCGCAACUUUAAACCAUAAUUUGAGAAAAACCUUGAAAGUUCACAUUGAAAUUCAAAACAGGAGAAGACAACUCAUUUUGAAGAUCUCUUAGUGAAUUUAGUGUUUUGGGACCUUGCAGAAUGUAGUGUUCUGUGACCUUGCAGAAUUUCAAUUCUUACACUGAAGCAAAACUAGCGGGUAACAAUUUUAACCAGUUUGUGUUCAGAAAAACAUCGUAAGGAUGUCACUCAUCGCUUAUUUUUUUUGCACUCUCUCUGGUACAUUUGUGAUCAAGUUUUAAAUGGAGAUAUUGCUCUGUCCUGACGUUAUACAGGUAUUAUAUGGGUUCUAGUGAUAAUCUCAAGUUUAGGUAGAUGAAGUUAUUUCAGAAAAAGGAACAAGACCUUUCACUAGUAUCCCAUAUAAAGUACAGGUUUAUGGUGUGUAUAUGUGUAUAAAUUGAACAUGAUAACAAAAGUUUCUGAUCAUCAAUAUUUAAAAGAACCAAUACAUUUCGAGGAAAUCCAUAAUAUAUCCAAGAGGGACAAUAUAACAAUUUGAAUGGUUUUUCGGUUUACGAGGCAAAACCAAACUGCAUCUCUAAACUUCAGUCAUGCAUCGUUUUGAGCUUUUUUACAUUAAUCAUGUUUGAGGUAUACACAUAUGUCGAACACGCUGGUUCUGUGUUACACAUAGUAUGAAUUUAAAAAUAGAAACAUUUUGUGUAUGAUUAUACAAUGCCUCGCUUGGAAUAUACUCUGUUAUAUUUCAUACACUGUUUUACAUGAACAAUCUUUUUUAUUUACUAAAUAUUACAGCAGUGGUCAACUUUUCCAAGAUAUUACACAUUGUUGCCAUAUUUUUUGUUUGAAGGAGGUUUUCGGGGUAUUUUGUUAUUAUUUUUAUUUUUGCAAGAAGUGUUACUAUUAAAUUGACAUGGUGCUUUGUAAAUUUAUAUAUCAUAAUGAAUUGGAUUGUGUUUGACAUUCAACCCUUUAAAGAUAACAGCGUUAAUGAUAAAAGUCGUGAGAAAAGAGCAAUGCCAAUCUAUUUUUAGCUAUUUAGUAUUAGAUCCCAGACAUUUACAAUGAUAAAGGAAUGUAAUGCCAAUGUACAAAUUUUAAUCAAGGUAAAGCUUAAUUGAUAAAUUCAGCUUUUAAUUAAAAAUAUUCAAAUUAAUUUGGGUUUAUUUAAGAGUUUUGUUAUUAUAGAAAGUUGUUACUGAUGUUCAUUUUGAAACUAAUUUAGAAAAAAAAACUUCAGAAAAAAUAGAAGUGCUUUCAAAAAUUUAUAUUUCAUAUAAAUAAUAAAGAGAAUUAUAGGGGUUUUUGUUGUAGGCUACUUAAAAACUAAGUACAUUGUAUGCACUUAAAUGAAUUAAACAUUUAGUUAAAAAACAGAUAUAAAAUAUAAUAAAGGCAGCAAACUUUUUAUGAUUAUUUUAUACAAGCAAAUUAUUUUCGAUUCAAAAUUUUGGCAAAAAAAGUGAAAUGCAGUACUAAUAUUGAUUCACAAGGGGAAAUUAUGAUUGCUUUGUUGAAAUUUAAUUUUUUAUCAAAGGACAAAUAUCAGUUUUAUUUAAAAAAAAACUUUUUUUAUAUACUUAAUUUGCAAAACAAAAAGUAUUGCUACAAGUAAAAAAACAACAAUUAAAAAUGCAAAAUUUUUCAAAUGUGUGAAUACAUGUAUUUUGUUUCAAGAAUAGAAUAAAGUUUCUCUUAGGGAAGAAAAACAAUAUUAUAGAUAAAACCAUAUUUUUAGCUCGACUAUUCGAUAAGAAUAAGUAGAGCUAUUGCAGUCACCCGAGCGUCGGCGUCAGUGUCGGUGUCUGCGUAACCACAUAUGUUAAAGUUUUUGUAAUAGUUCAAAUAUUUUUAAAGUCCAUUGACAUAUGGCUUUGAAACUUUGCACACUUGUUCACCAUCAUGACCCCAACCUGUAGACAGGAGGAGGUAACUCUAUCAAGCAUUUUGACAGAAUUAUGCCCCUUUUUCGACUUAGAAUUUAUGUUAAAGUUUUUGUAAUACCUCAAAUAUUUUCAAAGUUCAUUGACAUAUGGCUUUGAAACUUUGCACACUUGUUCACCAUCAUUACCCCAACCUGUAAACAGGAGGAGGUAACUGUAUCAAGCAUUUUUUUUUACUAUCAAGCACUAAGAAUAGUCGAGCGUUGCUGUCCUACCGACAGCUCUUGUUU